CCCGCCGCCGAGUUCGACAGCGAGCUCGCCGCGCGCGCCCUCCCGGGCCCCGGCCAACGCUGCUACCCCUACUCCUCGAACGACUGGGACUACUACGCGGUGUGCGGAACGCCGAGUGCCUGCGGGAGCGGCGGAUUCGUCAAAACCGGCCACUGCAGCGGCGGCACCAAUAAUGUCUGCUGCGUUUAUAGCGAGUGCGCUUCGCCUUAUAACAAUGACUACUGCUGGAACAGCAAUAAGUACACCUGUGGAGGCGGCCGCAAGUGGAAGACCGGGAAGUGCCCGGGGCCGAAUCAUUAUAAGUGCUGUGCGUAAAUCUCGGUGGUGUACGGGAUUCGGGGGGUCGGACGGCGGUGAGACAUUGGGUCUGGGGAGGUGGAGAUGAAGGUGGAGACGGACCUAGGGAGGUGGAGGAUAAUGAUGACGAUUGUUACUUAAUGCUUUGUUUACGAUCAGCCGUGUGGAUUUUAUUUUGUGGAAGUGGCAUGUACACUCGGCAGCAGUGGCCAUGGUACUAGUAGCCAUAGUAGUGGAAUUGAUGCAGC